CAGCCAACUGGAACAUGAACCUCCUUUGCCAUGGAAACACCUGCUGUGGUGCAAACACUUGAUGCUUUCUAGGGUUGAUUGUUCACGUGUAACGACUCCUAUGAGUUGGAAGUUUGUAAAGUUUUGGUUUUCGCUGGCCGGUUCUACGAUUGGGAGCAAUCGUGGGGUUAGAACAGAAUUUUAAGCGGUCGAGGUGGCGGUGAAUCAUUCUCAAGGACUGAAUCUUCUGAAAGAAAUUCUGUGGAAUAUUUUAGACUUUUUUUUGCAGAAGUUUCACUGUGGAUCAUUUUUGAUGUUGAGUUGUGAGCAACGCCGUCCUAGACCUGCUCCUGGUAGCCCUCCCAAUAUGCAGUGAACUCCGCUCGUUCUGAAGAACAAUGAAACUGAGAUAGACCUGAGUGAUGGAAUACUUCUGAGGUCAAUACCUUCGACAUGCACCAGAUAGUUGUAUGUAGUGUGAUUUACUGUGCCCUGGCCUCCACUGAAUAAACCGCUCAACCGAUUGAUGUCGUUUGUUGUGUCAUUGCUCCUGAGUUCCUUUUCCUGUCCAUCACUCGGAUUCCUGUAUUUCGCGAUUCCAGCUGUUCUGAACUGUAACUUUUUUGGGCUGAAAUACCGGAGAGGAAUCUUGAUUGUAGGGAUUUAUUUCGUUUGAUUUGCUACUUCUCGCCGGUUACAGUGGCGGUGUGUAGAAUUUGAAGAGGUUCUCGUAAAGUGGCAAGUUGUGGCAGGGAGUAAUGCUUCAGCCGUAGCUGAGCCUUCUUAGCGAGCUAGCAGAUGUCUGAUAUCCGAAGUCGUAUUGGUCGAGUGCACGAAAUUAAGAAGUUAAGUGUCAUCAAUGGUAGCAAUGGGCGGGAGGUGUCUGAUCAUACUGAGGACUAGUAGCUGACUGAAAUGGGCAGCGACGUGUUACAGGUGGUUCGUCACGGCACUCCACGAUUUCUAUCUGUUAGCAUUGCUUAGCUCAGCAAGAUUCUUACUAAUACGCUGAGUAAUUCUCCAAUGGCGGACAUGGGGAAGGAUUAUGAGAACCAGCAUGGAGAUGGCAACUUAGGUGAUAGAUCCAUAUCUGCACAUGCAGAUGAAAAAAUCGGAAGUCCAACAAGCUCUCCAUUUCAUUCUAUUCCCCUGCAUACAGAGGAGAAGUUGGACAAUCGUAGGAGCACGCCUCUGCAGAGAAGUCAGGAUGGCGGAGAACUUGUAGAUACUGUUGCAGAUAAAGAUUUGGCGGAUCUUCCAUCAAGAGAUACAAGCGUGCGAAAGCCUGGGAUCAAUGUCGGAAUUGGAAAUGUGCCUGUAGGGGGGCUGGCAAUUCCACCCAGACUAGCCAAACCAGCGGCUGCAACUUUAUCUCCAUCCAAGACAUUUGCCAGGAUGGAGAAGGAGAAAGAACAAGUAUCGGCGAUGACUCCUACGCCCAAAGAAUCUCGCAUGCGUAGGAGUGUUACUUUACCCGUAAUAGGAGAAGUGACUAUGGAAACUCUCAAGAACUGGACAAAAGAAUGGCUUCGUAACCCCAAGAACAUAGCUCUUCUACUGUGGGGAAUCGCAGUUGCUGUAUCUGGAGCAAUUCUCUUUAUGGUCAUGGUGGGGAUGCUGAACGCAGUCCUACCCAAUAAGGCUGACCGAGAUUUGUGGUUUGAAGUCUCGAACCAGACUAUUAAUGCUCUUUUCGUCCUCAUGGUGCUGUAUGUCCAUCCCACUCGAAUUCUACAUCUGGUAUGGUUGAUACGUUGGAGACAUGAUGAUAUUCUGAAGCUCCGGAGCGUUUAUUGCAAGAAAGGAAUGAGAAAACCGCAUGAAUGGAAGCAUAUUCUUAUAGUAGUAUUACUACUACACUUGAACUGUAUCGGCACAUACGCGCUUGCUGGACUUAAUUGGGGAUACAGAAGAGCGGCCCGUCCAUUUUAUGCUGUGGCGAUUUGCUUAGUAGUUGCCCUAGGUGCAGCAUGUAUGGCAGGGAUCUAUAACAGCCUUAGUCCUCUUGGAAAGGAUUUCGUCCCCGAAGAUGAAGACGAUGAAGUUGAAUCAGCCGCUGACAGGGCCGAGAGAGGAGAACCAAUUGCACCCCCGACGCUGUUUCACUUCCCAAAGAAGUAUAGACUUCUUGAGAGAAGAAUGACAUUUGCUUCCAGGGAGGGAAAGGUCGUUAAUGAUCCUCAAUGGCAAGGGGGUCCUUGUGAUUGUUUUGAAAAACCCAAGGUUGCUGCUAUCACGACCUGUUGCUUUGCGUGCGUAUUGGCGUAUAAUUUAGAGAGGCUUGGAUUUGGCAAUCGUUAUGUUCAUUUGUUCACGUUCCUGCUUCUGAUCUUUGCCCCCUUCUUAGUCUUCGACAUUGCAGCAAUCAACAUCGAUAACAGGACCAUCCAGUUGAGCUUGGGAGGAGCAGGUAUAGUACUCUGUGUUUUUGGACUGCUCUAUGGUGGAUACUGGAGGAUCCGAAUGAGAAAGAGGUACCGCCUACCGGCAAGUACAUGGUGCUGUGGGCAUCCAAGCAUGACGGAUUGCACUCAGUGGUUUUUCUGUAGCUUGUGCUCUUUAUGCCAGGAAGUGCGCACUGCGGAGGCUUUUGACGUAAUAGACGAUAAUUUCUACCACAAGAUGCAGGAAAGACAACAAUCACCUGGACACAAAGACAGGUCAUCCACACCAGAGGUCUUGUUAAACCCUGUGCCGGCUUCACAAAUACAUCCCCAUACGCAUUCGGAUGCUGGGAGGAUAGGUCAGAGUGAAUCUACUCAACACACUGUGUUGAAUCCGCCACUCACGCAGAUUGCUGAGUCGUAGAAGUGUUUGUACAUUACUGAUUACAUUCCUUCAAAUUUUUGCAGUCCUGAUGAAAAUGCUUUUGAGGCCAACAGUCACAAAUUUUUGACUAGAUUAGGUACCUCGCAUUGCACAUUAGGGGUAAACCUUGCGUGGUUAAUCUUUUGAACACAGUCCCUUGACGGUAAUAUAAUGUCCAUGUGUGAAGCUUGGCUUGAAACUUGCAUGAUACCUCAGUCCAGCAGAUGGGUCUUAAGUUCCAAGGAUGACUGUGUAUAGUUUGCAACUUGGCCACAAAGUAGUCUCCGGUUAAGGAUUCGGUAUUUUCGUUUCCAACAGAUUCCUGUUGUGGGCGUUGACAUGUACUCUAGCAGAUAAAGAUAUAUGUAUCAAGACCGUUACUAACGCCAUUUGUAAUUCUCACACCUCAGCUGCAGCAAACGUGGCUGCUACUAUAGAAAUUGAUCAAUUAUUGUUUGUUUAUUUGAUUA